GUUUCAAUUCAAUGGGUCCAGACUGGAUCCUACUUACUCAACUCACACGUUGUGGUGGUACCUGAGAGGAGAAAGAAAAAAACCUUGGCUGGCCACCCAAUGCCCUUCUACAGAGUAGUCCCGCCGGGCCGACUAAAAGGAAAGUUUUCACCAUUUGCAAACCAUUUCACUUUUUCACUUUAUCCGGUCCGCCAUUGGUUUGGGCCCCAUCCACUGCCAACCACUCAGCGUCUGUGGGGUGGAGCCAUGGCGUGGUGGUGGUGGCAACUCGCCAAUCAUGGCGGCCCAAGGCGUGAAAUGGUCGAGGUUUCCAGACUCUCGGUGGAGUCGGGUCAGGGGGAAGGAAUAAUCGGACGAAAUGGAUGUGUUGGAUGGUCCCGAUUGCAACAUCAUGGCUGCUCCAGACUGUUUUAUCUCCCGGGUCACUGCUGCUACUAUACUUGGAUCCCGUGCUUCGUCCAUCGCGCCCUGGUGUACGUACACCAGAUGGCGCAUGGCUCGCUUCUCGGCCUUGAUUUCCUAACUGGUGGUCCAUCUAUCUCGAUCAUAGAUACAAGAUAGAUAGAUAUAGAUCGGACCCAUUUGUACGACUAUCUGCUGUGUAUCCACCGGGAUCGUUUGCACGGCCACUUCCAAUGCACCGUCCGUGAGAUCGGUGCAUUGUCCACGACCGCAUCGCUUAUAGAAGGAAUCCGAGCAGUGUCUAGGCCUCGGAUCCGGUGACACCAAGAGAAACGGUCACUGCAGAGAAUCUCCCGGACCAGGCUUGACCAUUACCAAUGCUUCAGAUCGCCAUGUUUGAUAAAGUUUCAACAACCACGGCCGAGUCGAAC